AUGCUCAGCCCCAAGAUAAAACAGGCACGCCGGGCGCGCUCCAAGAGCAUGGUGCUCGGAGAGCUGUCCCGGGUGUCCAGGCCCUGCUCGCCUCUGGACCAGGAGAAAGCCCUGAAGGUGGGCUGGCUGAAGAGGCAGCGCAGUAUCAUGAAGAACUGGCAGCUGCGUUGGUUCGUCCUUAGGACUGAGGCUCUGUAUUUCUACAAGGACCAGGAUGAAACCAAGGCACAGGGUUGUAUCCCUCUUCAAGGCAGCCAGGUCAAUGAGCUGCCGGCCAAUCAGGAUGAGCCUGGUCGCCACCUUUUUGAAAUUGUUCCAGGUGGGGCUGGAGAAAAGGAUCGAUCAGGUAUAAGCCAUGAAUCAUUCCUGCUGAUGGCCAACUCUCAGAGUGACAUGGAGGAAUGGGUCCGAGCCAUACGGAGAGGCAUAUGGGCGCCGCUUGGAGGAGGAGUCUUUGGGCAGCACCUGGAGGAGACAAUGUUAUGUGAGGCCCAGUGUGGCCCCCAGCGAGAGGUCCCUGUGCUGGUGGAACAGUGUGCGUGUUUCAUACGUGAACACGGGCUUGAGGAGGAGGGCCUUUUCAGGUCCCCUGGACAGACCAAUCAUGUCCGAGAGCUGCAGGACGCGUGUGAUCGUGGCGAGAAGCCGGUGUUUGACAGUACCACAGAUGUCCACACAGUGGCAUCGCUGCUAAAGCUGUUCAUACGGGAGCUGCCUGAGCCUAUUAUCCCAUUCUCCAAAUACACACAGUUUCUUUCUUGUGCUCAGCUACUUACCAAGGAUAAAGAACUGGGAAUCAUAGAGCUCGGCAAACAGGUGAAAUCUCUUCCUCAGGUCAACUACAACCUCCUUAAAUACAUCUGCAGGUUCCUGGAUGAGGUUCAGUCUCACUCCAACGAGAACAAGAUGAGUGUUCAGAACCUGGCCACUGUGUUUGGACCCAAUAUCCUUCGGCCCAGGGUGGAGGAUCCAGUAACAAUGAUGGAGGGAAGUACCCAGGUGCAGCAUCUGAUGACUGUGCUGAUCAGUGAACACUCCCGACUUUACCAACACGAGGAGCCGGAAACAGAAAUCGAGGUCCACCCACAGCAACCUCAGAGUCUUGCCCAACGGUGCACGGUGGAAUGGAUGUCACAGGAAGACACUGAACCCCCACCCUCCUCAGGCACAGGCGCCACAACACCCAAGGAGAAACCUCAAUCUUCCACCCCAUCUUCAGAGAGAAAGCUGGAAUCCCCAAGCCCCAUUACGGCGAUAGAGAAAGUUGAGGAUGGUCAGGAUGAAGGGAAGAGCAAAAGUGGGCCAGAGGAGAGAGUUGAUGAAAAAGCAGAUUUCAAAACUGAAGUGAAAAGUGGGGGUGAGGUCGCCGUUAGUCCCAGUAAACAGUCCAAAGCGCUGCCGUCCUGGAGGAGCUCCUUCAAGGGCAGUGCAGCAUCUGGGGGGCCAAGGGGGAAAAUAGGGGGGUCGGCAGGGGAUGUGUCAGCACCUGGUGGGAGCAACUGGCUGAUGAAUGGCCUGUCGUCCUUCCGAGCUCACCGCCGCACCACGUCAUCCGGUGAGAGGCUGAAGGAUUCAACCCUCUCCCUUAAAGAGAGCACUCUCUCAACUAAGGACUCGCAGAGAGACUCAGAUGACGAAUCCACUCGAUCGCCCCUCGCUCACAGAGCCCUCCACCAAUCCCACAGACUAUCCGCCUAUGACAACGUAGCCCCGUCCAGUCUGAGCCUGCCUGCUGAAUCCCCGAUUUGGUCGCCCUUUGAGAUCUCGCUGGCCGAUACAGAGGUAAGCGAUAGGGCAGUCAAUGUAGCGCAGGGUCAAGAGAGACCCACAGAGGUGAGGGACAGUACAAAUACUUCAGAUCACAGUGCGAGUGGUGCUGAGGACGAUCCCGCAGGAGAAGAUGAAGGUCUCACCAACGUGCUGACCCAUCUCAAGGAGGAGCUGAAGAACCAGAGAACGAGUUAUGAAGCCUCCAUUCGCAAGUUGGAGGAGUCCUGCUCCAAGUACCAGUCCCAGGUAAACCGCCUAGAGGAGGAGCUGGACCAGGAGAAGAAGAAGUUCCAAAUGCUGGAGAUCCGACUCAGGAAUUCAGAGCGAGCAAAUAAAGACGCGGAGAACCGAAACAUCCUCCUCCAGCAAGAGAUGGAGGGCUUCUUCAAAACCCUGGGAGAUCUGACGACAGGAGCAACACAGACCAACUAGAUCUGACCAAGCUGCUAUCACCUGGUCCAUCAGAGGAGGAGGAGGGAGGAGGAAGAGCUUAAAUAACUGGGAAGACCAGCCAGUUCCAAAGCUUUGAAGACCAAAUACCUCUAGUGCUACUUGCCAUCAUAUCCUCUUUAGUAUGGCGGUCUUGUGCUUACACUGAACAAUGCCGGUGCCAAACGAGAGCUCUUCCGGAUUUUACCACUCCAAAAAUGUCCUACCCAUUAUACUCCAUUGUUCAUGUAGCUGAUUAUUUAUUGAUUAAAUUCCUCUAGGAGAUACUGGAUAUAAUGUAGUUUUUCUGUAAACACUUUAAGGACUCUUGAAACUCAAAGGAAGAACAACGUGAGACAUUAAAAUUCAACUCGUUUAUUUGCUGGAGUUGUACGUACUGUCGACAGUUUCCAUUUUGAAUGUAUAUAAUUGGUCUGUUAGUGAGGCAAUUUCAGAUCCAAAGGCUAAAAUCCACACAUCCGGCCAUAUCACACCACAACAGCCAUCAGUGUUUGGCCAAGUCAUCAGAAGACUGCAGCAUCAUCCCCAUAGUGCUCAACGGCUUUUCUUUCUUUCCUCUAUGUACCUGCACUAGAACCAGAUUUGCUAGGAGAAAACUCAUGCGUCGUCUAGUCUAAUUUCUCUAUUUUUGAGAAGAUGGAGGGGAGAGAGGAAAAAAAUAAAACACAGGAAGAGGAUGUCACAACAGUCAUUUGAAAUGUGGUCCAGAAAGGGUCAGGACAUGCGUCACAAUGCCCCAAAGAGCAUUCUGGGAGCUGAAUGCUAGGGGUAACUGCCUGAAGUGCCCAACAAUGAAAAGGGCAAAUUCUGAGCCAUCAAGUACAUCCAAAGGUUAUCACCAUGGCGGGUAGCAAAUACCUGUUUCCCGACUCUCGGAAAAAAUACAAACAUUAAAUCUACAUUAAAAUGUACAGAUCAUUUUACCAAGUAUCCUAAUCUAUGAAUAAAUAUUGCACAGAAAACAAAGAAAAAAUGAAAACAAAAUGCAUAUAAAUAGUACUUCUGAAUGAAAUGUACAUUACAAACAAU